UUCCCACAGACUUGGGGCGGGUCUCUCCGCUGUAGUUCACUUCCUGCUUUUUCUCUUCGCUCUCGCCUGGUCAGCUGCUUCAGUCCUCUGUCCGACGACAGGCACAAUGUCACAUCAAACAGGCAUUCAAGCGGGGAAUGAUGUGAAGGAAAUCUUUGCCAAUGCCAGGAGCGGAGACCAGUAUCGAGUCUUAAAGAUUGUCAUUGAGGAUGAGCAGCUGACACUGGGCGGCACCAGGAAAGCAUCCAAGAAAUGGGAUCAGGAGUACGAUUCCUUAGUGCUGUCACUUCUCGAGGAUGCCGUGCCCUGCUAUAUUUUGUACCGGCUGGACUCCACUAACAACCAAGGCUACGAAUGGAUUCUCCUCGCCUGGUCACCAGACCACUCUACUGUGCGACACAAAAUGUUAUAUGCUGCUACCAGGGCGACACUGAAGAAAGAGUUUGGAGGAGGGCACAUUAAGGAUGAGAUUUUUGGUACCACAAAGGAGGAUUUGAACCUCAGUGGUUACAAGAAAUAUCUGACCUCACAGGCAGCUCCCUUACCCCUCACUGCUGCAGAGGAGGAACUGAGACAAAUCAAACUCAGUGAGGUCCAGACGGACAUCAGCGUGGACACCAAGCAGCAGACUCUGCAGGGAGUGGCUUUCCCCAUUCACAAAGAUGCUGCUGAAGCACUGGCACAUUUUAAGCAAAAGAGAAUCAACUAUGUGCAACUGGAAAUAGAUACUGAAAAGGAAAUGAUUCGCUUGUGCAGCACUGAGCCAACUGAGAUAAAAGACCUGCCAAAGAGAGUCCCCAAAGAUUCUCCACGUUACCACUUCUUCCUCUACAAACAUUCGCAUGAAGGCGACUACUUGGAGUCUACAGUCUUCAUUUAUUCUAUGCCAGGGUACAAGUGUAGCAUCCGAGAGAGGAUGCUGUACUCCAGCUGCAAAAAUAACCUGGUUGACAUGGUGGAGAACAAACUCCAGCUUGAGAUCGAGAAAAAGUUGGAAAUUGAAGAUGGAAAUGAACUAACGAACGAUUUCCUGUAUGGUGAGGUGCACCCCAAGCAGCAUGCGUAUAAGGAGCAAUUCGCCAAGCCAAAAGGCCCAGCUGGUAAGAGGGGCGGCCGCCGAAUCACCCGACCACCCGGCGAGGGAGAAGAGGAAGAUUAAACACACCUCAGCACCACCUCCACCCUCCCCCAUAUGUGUUCCACAGUGGAACAUCCCUGUGAUGGGCGACGAAAAAAUUGUAUUUGACUUUUUUUGUUUUGUUUUCCUUUCCCAGCGACCUCAAUUUCUCACCAUGUUACCCAGGACACCCAACUAUGCACGCCAAGGAGAACUGAGCAAUGAUACACAUCAGAUUUUCCAUUUGUAGCUUGCCAAAUGGAAGCAUACAUAUGUAUGGUAAUACAUUCACAAGCAGCUUAGCUAUAUAACUCAAGGGGGCCCACAUAAAAUUUGAGGUAUUUGCUUUAUUGCCAGCUCUUACACUUAAAGAAUAAAACUUUUAAAGCACGACUAAUGUGAACUUCCGCCAGUAUAAAAAUAAAAUGCUUAUUUUGAGUUCACAUGCUCAAAUUCCUGAAUAGCAUUCCUUAAGUCUGUGUCAAAUACUGUUUUUGUGUCUGAGUUGUACAAUAUUUGUCUCCUACUGUUUGCACAAUGAGGUGCUUAAAGCCGAAAAGAUACGAAUUAUUCCCAUAUGUUGACUCAUUCAUUUUAACAGUGCAUUUUUAUAAAAACUAAAUUCCUUCUUUUUGAUAUAACUGUGGUUUACAUGAAAAAAAAAAAAAUCAUCUGCUGAGAAACUUAUUUUUCUAUGCAAGUGCUGUAAAUGUACAUAUUGUAGCUGUGUGAUGCUCUAUGAUUAAGAAGCAGUCUGUUCUGGUGAUUGUCAGUGUGGAUAACAGUGGAAAGAAUGGGCUUCCAGAAAAACUCCAUCUAUACAUCUCACAUUUCACUGAGAGGAAGCUAAUAAAAACCUGGUUCCCACAGCGGAAAGAAUGCCAAGCUUUAUCGGAUAGAAAAGGGAAUUCUACCUUGAUGGAAAUAUUGCCUCAUCCACUGGUCUACUGAUUAAUAUUUGGUAAACUUAGUUCACCUCAUGUGAAGGGAAAAUCCCUUUAUAUUCAUUGUCAUAGAAAACGAAUAAUGUUUGUUAUUCUUUGUUUUCUUACAAAUCUUUCUUUUAGAGAUGAAAAAUAAAAAUAUUUAAAUCAGA